UUCAACGGCCGAGACAAUAUAUAAGAUAAGGAGGAGAGAAUGAUGGUGAGUUGAGAAGUGAGAGUCCAAGUGUACAAACACAGAAGAAGGCCAACUGGAAGAAAAAACCCUACAAAAGCCUCACUGGGCCUACUGAAAUAUACUCAACCUAAUGGCUGCUUCUUCUCUUAAACCUGCAGCUGGUUUUCUGCAACUGAAGAAGCCUCAAAACCCAUUGCUUCUUCGCUCUCCAUCUCAAGCAUCCACACUUUCACUCAAGAAAUUUACUCCAAUGGCUGCUCUCACCACCACCCCAGCCGUCGGUCUCUCCCAAACCUUCACAAAGUUGAAGGAGCAAGGCAAGGUUGCAUUGAUUCCUUACAUCACUGCUGGUGAUCCCGAUCUUUCAAUCACGGCAGAAGCAUUGAAGGUACUUGAUUCUUGUGGUUCAGACAUAAUCGAAUUAGGUGUGCCAUAUUCUGAUCCAUUAGCAGAUGGUCCAGUUAUACAGGCUGCAACCACCCGUUCCUUGGCAAAAGGGACCAAUCUGAAUUCAAUUGUUACAAUGUUGAAGGAGGUGAUUCCACAAUUGUCUUGCCCAAUUGCUCUCUUUACAUACUAUAACCCAAUAUUGAAGCGUGGAAUUGGAGAAUUCAUGUCCACCAUUAGAGACGUUGGUGUACAUGGGCUUGUGGUUCCAGAUGUUCCAUUGGAAGAGACAGAAAUUUUGAGAAAGGAAGCUGUGAAACAUAAUAUUGAAUUGGUAUUACUAACUACGCCCACUACGCCAAUUGAUCGGAUGAGGGCCAUUGCUGAAGCUUCAGAAGGAUUUUUGUACCUGGUGAGCUCGAUCGGAGUUACCGGUGCCCGUGCAUCUGUGAAUGAACGAGUUCCUUCUCUUUUGAAGGAAAUUAAAGAGGCAACGUCAAAGCCUGUGGCAGUUGGUUUUGGCAUCUCAAAGCCCGAACAGGCGAAACAGGUAGCAGGAUGGGGAGCUGACGGUGUCAUUGUUGGCAGUGCAAUCGUGAAACUGUUGGGUGAAGCCAAAACUCCCGAGGAAGGGUUGAAGGAACUAGCAAUUUUCACCAAGUCUCUAAAAUCUGCACUCCUGUGAUCACAUUCUCUGAGAUUUUGAUUUUUUUUUUUUGGGCUUUUGGACCACAAAUUAGUCAUCUUUACUGCGAAAGCUGACUUCUUCAAGGCAUUAUA